AAAGCGUCAAGAAACAAGAGAAGAACUCACGAGGAGCGCCUUGUUGUGCUCGUGCUCGUCAUUUAUCAGAUUAAUGUUUGUAGCUAGGAAAUCUCUCAGCUGAGGAAAGAGUUGGCGUUAUUAGACAGCUGAGAUCAAGAGGAUAUGAAGGACUGGAGAGAGAGAAGCUGUCUUCAAACAAGCUUAUUCAGAUUCUCUUCUACGAUGACAUCAAUACAGGGAGAAGCCCCACCCACAACUGGUGAUGAUCUGCCUUAUUAUCACAGACACAGCCCUGAGUGACAAGCACAGAGUCCAUCAAUUUUGUAUGUUCGCUAUAGCAGCUGGAAUCUUACAAUGUCUGCGCCAAAGAGGAAUUACAAAUGUUGGGUUUUGGGUUGUACCAAUGAACAUCUGAGUCUCUAUAGACUCCCCGAAUCUGAGUCACUGAGGGCAUCGUGGUUAGAUUUCAUUUUUGAUGGAACUGUCCCAAAGAAAGUACCUAAAAUUUUACACGUUUGUGCCAAUCAUUUUACACCGGACUGCUUCAAAAACGUGAGUCAGUUCAACACUGGAUUUUCAACUAGCUUGAUUCUUAAUAAUGAAUCAAUACCAACGCUUCGUUCUCAAACCGUAAAAUCAGAACAAGAUGGAUCUGGUGCCUCUGUGUGUGGCUUUAGUGAUCAAACAUCUACAGAGCUUCUGGUUUCUCCCUGUAAUGGAGAAGAAGAUAAGACAUCAGUAAAUCUGCUGGACUGUGGGAUGGAUCUGAAACAAGAAAUUAAAAAAGAAGAAGAAGAAGAAGAAACAGAUAAAGCAGAUUUGAUUUAUUCAGACCUGAAGGUGAAGUUGGAAAGUUUUCAAUCAAAUAACAUUGAGGAGAAACCUCUUCAUAUCAUACCUGGAGAAGAAUCUCUGAGCUGCUUGAAGACUGAGAAGAUUUUGUCAGACAACGAUUCUUGUACGUGCUCUCGCUGUGGAACAAUAUUCAGCUGUCAGUCCGACCUUAAUGCACACAUGCAAAUUCACAUGGAAAUAAAGCCUUACAGCUGUGACAAGUGUGGACAGAGCUUUACUCAAAUGUCCCACCUUACUGUACACAGGAAAAUUCACACUGGAAAAAUGCCUUACAGUUGUGACCAGUGUAAACAGACCUUCACUUAUAAUUCCCACCUUAGUGUGCACAGAAGGGUUCACACUGGAGAAAAGCCUUACACAUGUGAUGAAUGUGGAAAGAGCUUCACUUAUAAUUCAAGCCUUAUAAUGCACAAGAGAAUUCACACUGGAGAAAAGCCUUACAGUUGUGACCUGUGUGAACAGACCUUUACUCAUAAGUCGAAGCUUCAUGUGCACAGGAGAAUUCACACUGGAGAAAAUCCUUACAGUUGUGACCAGUGUGGACAAACUUUCACUCGUAAGUCCAGCCUUGAUGUUCAUAUGAGAAUUCACACUGGAGAAAAGCCAUACAGUUGUGAACAGUGUGGAAAGAGCUUCACUCAAAUUUCCUACCUUACUGUGCACAGGAGAAUUCACACUGGAGAAAAACCUUACAGUUGUGACCAGUGUGAACGGACCUUCACUCAUAAUUCCCACCUUAAUGUGCACAGGAGAAUUCACACUGGAGAAAAGCCUUACAGUUGUGACCAGUGUGAACAGACCUUCACUCAUAAUUCCCACCUUACUGCACACAAGAGAAUUCACACUGGAGAAAAGCCUUACAGUUGUGACCAGUGUGAAAAGAGAUUCAGUUGUAAGUACAGUCUUAAUAUGCACAGGAGAAUUCACACAGGAGAAAAGCCUUACAGUUGUGACCAGUGUGAACAGACCUUCGCCUAUAUGUCCAACCUUACUGUGCACAAAAGAAUUCACACUGGAGAAAAGCCUUACAGUUGUGAGCAGUGUGAACAGACCUUCACUAAUAAGUCCCAUCUUACUGUGCACAGAAGAAUUCACACUGGAGAAAAGCCUUAUAGUUGUGACCAUUGUGGACAAACCUUCACCCGUAAGCCCAGCCUUGAUGUGCACAGGAGAAUUCACACAGGAGAAAGUCCUUACAGAUGUGACCACUGUGGAAAGAGCUUCACUCAGUCAUCUGACCUUAAUGCACACAUGCAAAUUCACACUGGAAAAAAGCCAAACAGAUGCGAUGAAUGUGGAAAGAGCUUCACUUAUAAGUCUAGGCUUGUGACACACAAGAGAAUUCACACUGGAGAAAGACCUUACGGUUGUGACCAGUGUGGACAGACCUUCACUUGUAAGUACAGCCUUGAUGUUCACAUGAGAAUUCACACUGGAGAAAAGCCUUACACAUGUGAUGAAUGUGGAAAGAGCUUCACUUAUAAGUCCCACCUUACUGUCCACAGGAGAAUUCACACUGGAGAAAAGCCUUACAGUUGUGACCUGUGUGAACAUACCUUCAAUUAUAAGUCCAACCUUACUUCGCACGUGAGAAUUCACACUGGAGAAAAGCCUUACAGUUGUGACCAGUGUGGACAGAGAUUCAUUUCUAAGUCCAAGCUUGAUACUCACAGGAUAAUUCAUACUCAAUUAAAGACUUACAGUUGCGACCAGUGUGGACAGACCUUCACUAAUAUGUCCCACUUUACUGUGCACAGGAGAAUUCACACUGGAAAAAAGCCCUACAGUUGUGACCAGUGUGAACAGACAUUCGCUCAACAGUCCAGGCUUGAUGUGCACAUCAGAAUUCACACUGGAGAAAGGCCUUACAAAUGUGACCAGUGUGAACAGGUCUUCAAUUAUAAGUCCAAUCUUACUGUGCACAGGAGAAUUCACACAGGAGAAAGUCCUCACAGAUGUGACCAUUGUGGAGAGAGCUUCACGCAAAAGUCCAGUCUUAGUUUGCACAAGAGGAUUCACACUGCAGAACACGCACACACCCGGAGCAGUGGACAGUUAUCACUGCAGCGCCCAGGGAGCAUUGGGGGACAAGUGCCUUGAUCAAAGCCUCGAACCAACAACUCUCUGGUUACAAUCCUAACUCUAGGUGUUUCUCAAUGUCAAGGAAGGAUCCUUGGAAGCCAAAAUUUUGAGGAUGCUACGUCAUCGACAUCCGUCGAAGAACGGUUCCAAUGUCGAGGAUCCUCGGAAUUUCAACCAAGGACUGAGUCCUUCGUUCAAAAAAAAUCCCAUAUACAGGAAAGGAUGCAUAUGUGUAGCCUUCGCGCUCUCAAAUCACCCACUAUCCUAUGCGUGGAGCACCGAAAGCACACCUUUUCACUGACGUAAUGACGUGCACUUGCUAGUCUGUUCCAUUUACAAGUUCUCCGAAUGCUAAAGAGGAGCCUCGCCUAGCCUCUAAAGGAAGUGACUUGGAAGGACCAGUCCUGCCAAUUGAGAAACAUCUAUUCUGACUCUCCACAGUGACACCUAGUGGUCGCUUGUAUGUGUUGAUCUGAAAAAAACUUGGCAAUGAUUCUGACAAGCAUUGAUGAACUAUACCCUACAUCAGGGGUUCAAAAGUCGGUCCUGGAGUAUCCCUUGAAGUAUCUAAGCCGUUUCUCAAAGUAAAGGAAGGAUCCUCGGAAGCCAGAAUUUCCAGGAUUCUAGGUCAUUGACGUUCGUCGAAGGACUAUUCCAAUGUCGAGGAUCCUCGGCAUUCCAGCCAAGGACUGAGUCCUUCUUUCGAGAAAUAUCCCAUAUACAGGAAACUAUGCAUAUUAUGUGUAUCCUUCGCUCUCUUCGAGUGCUGAAAUCACCCACAAUCCUAUGCGAAAGUCGAAAGCACACCUUUCAAUGACGUGCACUUGCUAGCCUGUUCCAUUUACGUGUUCUCCGAAUGCUUAAGAGGAGCCUCGCCUAGCGUCUGAAGGAGGUGACUUGUAAGGACUAGUCUUGCCAAGGAAAUAUCCUUGACAUUGAGAAACAGCCCUAGUCUGCCUAGUAAGACCUUGAUUAGCUGGAUCAGGUGUGUUUGAUUAGGUAACUCUGCAGAGACACCAGCCCUCCAGGAGCAGGAUUGGACACCACUACCAUACAUCAUAUGAGGUUCUCAACUCUCCACCUUCCUGCAGAGUUUGUCCUCAGUUGAGAAUCUCUAACAAGGAAGUGAGGGGGGCGAAUAAGCUUAGUGUUCUUAAAUGACAUGCUCCGUGUUGGGUUUGAAUCCUGGGUGAAGUCUCCCUGUCUUCAUAGUUUUAACAGCAAUUUGAAGAUUAGUCAAGCAGCGGUCUUAUUUUAUCUAAAUUAAUUUUUUGAACUUAUUAGGGGUUGCUAUUAUAAUUUCUCUAAAUAGUCAUUAAAACUCUAAAAUGAUCUUUAUAUGCACGUUUUCUAAAAGGUGUGCUGUCCAAAGUGCGGGCCCAGUAAUGUUGAUGGAAUUUUGAGUGAGAGGGGGAAUAGUCAGGAGUGAUGAUGUUACUGCACGCCAAGGUUGAAGUGCUGCAAACUAAGUGUUCUUCCGCCAUACAAUAUAGUUCUCAUAUUUUAUCUGCUUAAAAAAUUGUCACGGUUUUUUUUUGUGCCGCCAUACUUACUACUCAUGUAACAGUCUUCAAAUAGGGAAAACAUGGAAGUGUUUGGUGGCUUCUAAAUUCAUCCCUGUUUGGAUCCUAAGGAAUGAAUGGGGCUAGGCUAAAUGCUAACACAUUCACAAAGCACCAUACAAAGAUUAAGUGUACGCAUUGAUAAAAGAUAGGUAUGUAUUAAUUUGUCGAAGUUGAGGUAAGAACAUAGUAUGUUUUCCUUAAAGUAAUUUUUUGAUUAACUGUUGGGGAAAAAUAUCUGUGUUACUUUUAUGUUAGAUCUUUUCAUUACAGUAGAUCUUAAAACUGUCUGUGUCUCAACUUCAAUAAACGAAAGAAAAAGCUUAAAUAUUUUGUGUUUGACUUUGUGUGUUACAAAUCUAUUAGUUUUACCAUGUGGUUUUAAGAUAUGGAUGUGGGGAUUUUGU